AUGUCUGAAGCCAAAGCUGCAAACUUGGCCAAAAUGGCUAUAUGCAUUGCUGCAUAUAAUGCUCCCCAUUAUGGGGACGUUUUUAGUGUUUACAAGCUAGGAAGUGACGGGUGCACUAAGCUCCUUGAGGAGGAUAUGGAAGAAUGGUACAAGGAGAACAUGAAAGCCCCCAGGAGGCGGUACAAGAUUAUUGGAAAAGGAUGGUCUUCUCCUUAA